CAAGAAAGAGGUCAAUGAAACAGAUAAAAUCAAAUGCUGGUUUCAUAGAAAAUUUGUACAAAGUUGUGUUUGUGAUCGUUGUGAAAACCAAUUAUUAUCAAACAACAUACAGUAUGUGAACCAGCCGCACCCUUAAAGAGGGGCAUCACAUGCACCUACCAUGAAAUAUGACUGAGUCAACCAUCAACGAAACCUUCAGUUCAAACAUUGCUGACAGAGGAGGGAGACCUCAUUCAAACAAGAACAGCAAACAUGUCUACAGAAAACAAUGAGGGGAAUGUGUUAAAGCGUGUCAUAAAACUGCCACUUGUCAGCUCGGCAUUACAGCAGGCCUUUACUGUCUACAUGGGUGUGAAGGGUCGGUAUCCCCUGCUCGGGUUUGUGGGGGGUGUAGCUGAGCUGGGUGUCCGCAGUGCAUCCACAGCAGCCUUGCAACAAGCAGCGCCUUUUCUACAGAACCUUGAACCAGAAAUUGAGGCAGUUAACAGUUUUGCACUGGUAGGUUUGGAACAACUAGAAAAGUUUUUCCCUAUCCUCCAGCAGCCCACAGAUGAGGUGGUUGCUCAUCUGAAGGAUGCAUUCUUCUCGAGGCUGGAUGAGGCGCAGUCUCGUGUAAAUGAUGAGCUUGACAGAGCCGCACACAGAUUGGAUGAACUGGUGGAUCUCAGCUGGCGCCUCCUGGCGGCAGCUCAAGAGUCAGCAGCGGGUAGAGUUGUAACUGCUGGACUGGAUGAGCUUCUCACUCGAUCAGAGGCAGCAGUAGCGUACUAUCUACCUCUGCCACCCACACUACAUCGUGAGUGGGAGAUACAAGUGCAGACUUAUGAAGAUGAGGAUGAUAGUGAAGAAGAUGAAGAGCCUCAGAUGUGGACGCGUGUCCGCAGCCUGUUGUUGUGUUUGUACCUUCAGCUGCACCACAGAUUGAUGAAACUGAGAGAAAGAGUGGACGGUGUUUUGCAGAAACUGGGGGAAGCUGCUGAAACGGUGGGUCUAACACAGUUGAUGGAUAUGGUUGCAUCCCUGCUGCAGCUGCUUCUGAUGUUUUACACAUCUCGAGUGCUUCAUGCGGAGGAACUGCGCUCUGUGCUCAUGGCUCGGCUCACAUCAGGUUUACAGGCACUGAAGGGUCUGCCUCCGGUACACCAGAUACGGGCUCUGCCUGCUCAGGUACGCGGCAUCAUGGACGACUUGUUGGAACUGGGACAGAUCCUCAUACAGCUACUCAUCAACACCACCCCGCUCUAUGACCUGAUAAAACGGGUUUCUGAUCUCGAUGCAACAAACAACCCGAGUCCAGAUGAACUUCCUGAAAGUUCAUCUAGCCGCGCUUCUGCAAACAGUCUCUUUCUCAAGGCCAUGGAUGGUCGUCCACGUCGCCGCAGAAGCCUUUAUGCCCGUUCGCGUCGUGGGUCUGCAGGUGGGCCUUCAACCAGCCCAGUUUCAUCUCCGAUUCCUCCUGCAGCCCCAGCUAAUGACCGUAAGCUAGAUGCCCAGCUUUCAGGCCCUCCAGAAUGUGACACAUUGCCCACUACGGAUAUGAUCCAUCGUCGUUCCUCAGCUACUGAGGUUCUGAUGGUUCCCAUUAUGCAGUUAGUAACACAAAGCCAACGAGCAUUUGAGUUUCUGAGCGCUGGCUCUUCAUCUGAAGAUCAGGUCACACCUGUGGUGGAAACCACAGAACAUUAAAUUUUACUCUUUUCAAAUGUAACACUUAGGGGUGGUUUCCCAGACAGGGAUUAGCUUAAGCCAGGACUAGGCCUUAGUUUAAUUGGGUAAUAUAACUAGUUUUAACAAACAUGCCUUACUUUUGUGAAUUUUAAGGCAAAACAAAGGGCACUGAUGUAUUUUAAGAUAUGUCAGUGCAAGUUGUUUUCAGUUUGGACAGCUCUUAUAUUUAUUUUAGUCUAGUCUAAUCCCUGUCCGCGAAACCACCCCUUAAUCUUUAUAAUUGUCAGCUACAGAAAAUUUAACAAACAACGAACAAUAACUCUGGAGACUUCUUUAAUAAAUCUGAAAAAAAAACUGUUUAGUCGAGGCAGUGCUUCAAGAAUUAGGUUGAUAUUUACAUAAAAAUAAUUUGAAUAGUAAACCGUUUCUCAAAACAUAUAUAAAUAUACAC